AUGCUGUCCAUAUCCCGUUCCAACAACAUAAUACGACUUUUGCUUCAGACUGAUACCGAGGAGAUCAACACCAACGCGGUCCCAGCUGGGAUCGUCUCCAACGAUGUCGAAGCCUCAGUCGGAAGUGAAAAGGAAAAAGAAACGCAAAGUGGCGUUUCCACAGAAGACGAUGGCCUGCUGGGUGGUGCCUUCGCCUUGCCGGUCGACAAGGACAACAAAGCUACCAAAUUAAAGAUCUGUUCCUUUGCCCGUCCCCACAUGCGAGCCUUUCAUUAUUCCUGGUGGUCCUUCUUCAUUGCCUUUUUCAUUUGGUUCAGUAUCGCUCCCUUGUUACCCGAAGUCCGCAAAACACUCGACUUGAGCAAGAAAGAUGUCUGGACGACCAAUAUUGUCGCGGUCACUGGCGAUAUUGUCAUGCGAUUCAUGUUUGGUGCCGUCACUGACAAGUGGGGGGCCCGUCUGCCCAUGGGAUUUGUCCUCAUUGCCGCUUCCAUCCCAACAUCGAUGACGGGUUUGGUCAACAGUUUGACUGGACUCAUCUUCUUACGACUCUUUAUUGGAAUUGCCGGAUCAUCCUUUGUCAUGUGCCAAUGCUGGUCCACUCGCAUGUUCUCCAAGGACAUCGUAGGAGUUGCCAAUGGACUUGUGGGAGGAUGGGGAAAUGUGGGAGGAGGAGUCACGCAGAUUGUCAUGGGCACUCUUCUGUUCCCUCUCUUCCGCGACCAAUUCUUUGAUGGAGAUGCUGAAAAAGCAUGGAGGACUGUCUGCAUUGUACCUGCCAUUGUCGCGGCUACAACUGCCAUCAUCGUCGUCACCACCAGCGAAGAUUGUCCCGAUGGAAACUACAAGCAAUUAAAGAAGGAUGGGCGCAUGCCCGAAGUCUCGGCUUCCGCGUCCUUCCGCUCGGGGGCCAUUGAUUUUAACACAUGGUUGCUAUACUUGCAGUAUGCCUGUUGCUUUGGAGUGGAAUUGACCAUGAACAAUUUCACUGCAACAUACUUUGUUGACAAAUUUGCAUUGAGUACUGAGAGUGCCAGUGCCAUUGCUUCCAUUUUCGGGUUCAUGAACAUUUUCGCUCGUGGAUUGGGAGGAUUCACUUCGGACAAGUUCAUGAACAAGUACAAUAUGCGGGGUCGUAUCUUUUGGCAGGCGACCACUUUGAUCAUGGAAGGAAUCUCUGCGGAGGGAAGCACCUACGGAAUCGUCCCUUAUGUCAACCCUACGGCUCCCGGAGCUGUCGCCGGAAUUGUUGGAGCGGGAGGUCCCACUGGAGCUGUCUUGUUUGGAUUGGGAUUCCGUCAAAUUGAAAAUGUCAGGCACGCUUAUUAUUUGAUGGCAUCCAUUGUCAUCGUCUCGGGAGUUUCUUGCCUGUUUCUGUGCGUCAAGGGACACCGCGGCUUCUUGUGGGGUGAGGACACAGACCGUCAAACGUUGAUGAUCCCCAACAUGGAAGAAAAAGAUCAGGAGCCGCAGGAUGUCAAGGUUGACGUGGCCGAGGAAGAAGGAUCUUCUGAUGAUCAAGUGGUCACCGUUGAAGCUUAA